AAAUUCGUGCUCACAGUCAAGAGAUCGGGGCGAAAAGAAUAAUAUAUUGGCAGCUCAGUUUAAUGACGUCAUCACGCACGCGACGGACCUGCCCUUGACGCCGAGGCUACACCAGAUUGCCAAGAUGGUUGCAUACUGGAGACAAGCGGGACUCAGCUACAUUCGCUUCUCGACAAUCUGCGCCAAUGCGGUGCGGGCCGCCCUCAAGCCGCAAGUGAAAAGCGAAGCGAUGAAGGCGGCCGAAGCCAGCGUCAAAGUAGUCAAGCCCAAGACGGCAUGAGCGCCAUAGUUUCCCACCCUGAAUUUAAGAAAAAUCUCACGGCACGGCAGAACCACUUCUCUAAAAUUUUAAUACGUAAUUUGUCAUGUUAUCAUAUGGUUGAUGGCUCAUUAUCAUGGAUGUGUUCCUGUGAUGUAGACCAUUUCUUGCAACUGUCUGAAAAAAUGGAGGACACUGUGGUGUCUUGAAGAGACGGGAUAACAACAGAAUGGCAAUUUCUUCCAAAUUAUAUGUAAUUAAAGUUAUAUGAAAGGAGCUUCA